AUGAAUAAUAUAAAAAAUUCAUAAUAACUUGAGAAAAAAUAGAUGAUAAUCUUAUUAACCUCUGUAAUCAACAUUUAUGCUUAAAAUAUUUCAGUGCUUGAAUAUUCAUUGUACCCUACAGAAGGAGAAUUUUAUCAAUACGAUCUGUUUUAUGUUCUAUCCUAUACUUAAUUAAUAUGUAAAAUGGAUCAUUAAGUCCCAAAUGUUUAAUUAAUCAAUUCAUGUGAGGAAAUAUUUAGAACAAAAGGGGAUUGUAAAAUAUUAGGAAUAUAUUUAUAGAAUUUAUUUCAGUGUCGUCAAAUAAUACACAUUUUUGCACUCUAUCAAAUUAAAACAUUGUAACCCUGUAUGAAUGGAAGAAUUAGAAGAUUCAAUAAUUUGGUUCAACAGUGACAAUUAAUACUUUAUUUAAAUGUUUUAACAUCAUUUUAUCUUAACAUUUUUCAAUUUUGGUCGAUUGUUAUUUGAACGAUGAACUCUUUUUAAUUCAAUUACAAGAUGAAUAAUAGCAAAUUGUUUUUUCAAUGUAAUCAUCUCUACCUACUUCAACUAAAAUUUAAUCAAUUAUGAUGGGAACAAAUGCUUUUUUAGUAUAUGCUUAAUAUUUUGAAAAUUAUUCGAUUCUUUCGCUAUUCACAUAAUAAUUUUUAAAUUCAAGUAGUUUACAAGACUAAUUUAUCGAUUUUGAUAUUCCAUUAACAAUAAGCCCGAAUAUAUAUGUAAUUACUGGAGAAAUGAUAUUUUAAUUAACCAUAACAUAAGAUUAGAAAUUUUAUCAAAAAAGUAAUUUUACUUAGAAAGGUAUGAGUAAUUUUAUUAUGAUUAAUGCUUAUUACAAUUAUUGGAGUUACGCUUAAUGUGAUCAGAUAGUGUUGUUGUAUUUCCAAUACACUUCUAACUUAUCAGAUUAAAUGAUGGCCCAAUUAUUGGGAUGCGAAGGAUAAAUAAUCAAGAUAGAUGAUCGUCUUCCAUUUAAUUAACGUCAAUCUGUUAAGAAGAUAAUAUAAAAUAACUAAUUUCUAAUAUAUAUUACAAAUAAUGAAAGUGUUAUAAAGUCAAAAUCAUAGUCAGAAGGACUUAUCUAUAGUUUUUAUCAAAUAAAUUAAAGCAAUUCUCUAUUAUAUCUAAAUGAUGAUAAUGAGUUAUUUUAAUUUAACUAGGAAAUAUUUAUUUAUAAAAUUUCCCUCCCAUCCAUUUAAAUCAACUUAACAAAGAAAGAAAUUUCAAAUAAGAGAUAUUACAAUUUUACUUUCCUCUGCUCACAUUCUACUAUUUUUACUCUGUUUAAAAUUUAAAUGAAAAUAUUAUUGAUGAAUGACACAAAUGUUUAUGUAAUGUCAAAUAGUAAGUUUUAAGAUUCUGAAUUUUAUUAAAAUGCUACUUUUAAAUAAUAAAUUGCAGAAUUUUCGGGAUAAUUACUAAAUUACAAGUUAAGUAAGAAUGAGACUUAUUUUAAUUUUAUUUAAGUGACAUUUUUUAAUGCUGGUCGAAUUAAUUAGACUUACUAAUUAGUUUAAUUUUUGGCAAUAAAAUAUGCUAAAGUAGAAGAAUAAUAUUUAAUUGGAUAUAAUAAUUGUUAAAUAGAUAUUUUGACUUGCAGUAACUAAUCAUAUAUCUUGUGUACUCAAUAAAAUUCAAUUAAUAUCUCUGUAAAUGCGAGUUCUUUAUAAGCUUCUUUUAGCAUUUAUCCAACAAUUGUGACUAUUGGACUCAAUGCUUAUGAUAAAAUCUAUUUGUUUUAAUACUACUAAGAUAAUCAAAGUUUAAUUAGUUAUUCAAAUUACACUUGUGAAAAUGAGAUAUCGGAAUUUGUCUUAACUUAUAAUAGUCUUAUAAUUCUAUUUAAAAAAAAAAAAGAAAUUAAAGUUAUGAAAUUUAAUUUUAGAAACAUCUUUACUUUAAAAUAAUAAUCAAUAAAUUAAUUCUUCAAUAAGAUUCAAUUCAACCCUAUAUAAAUUGUUGUGAAUACAUAAUUAUAAUCAUCUUUAUUAUAUAUCAACAAUAUUAAUGAAGUCAUCAUAAUUUCAAUUGAUUAAAACAACUUUCCAAUACCAAUUUCUUUGGUUCAAAUUAAUUUCAUAAUAAAAUAAAUAAAUUUGAUAAAUUAAUAAUUAAUUUUAUCUUAUUUAUGUAAUAAAGACUAAAAUAUUUGCUUUUAAGUUUGGAACGUUUAGAAUUUACCCAUAUAUUAUUAUGUUAAGAGUUUAUAUAGAGAAAAUGUAGAAAAAGAAGUAAAAAUAUAAUCUGAUAACCUGUUUUUAUAUGUUACUUUUAGAAAUUAUACAGUUUAUGUUUAUAAUCCUUCCUUACCAUAUCACAUGAGUUUAUAUUAUAAGUUUGAAUUAACUUCACCGAUUUAAUUUAGCUUUUAAUAAGAUUUACUUGAAAAACAUUCAAUAAUAAUUUCUAAUAACAAUUUUUAUAUUCUUCAUGGAGAUUCACAAUUGAUUCUAAUGUAUGAAUAUUAAAAUCAAGACUUUAAUAAUACGAUAAGUUAUCCAUAAUUUACUUAUAAUUAUACCGUAACAUCAGCAUUGAAUAUCUCAGCCUUUUAGUAUACUCCCAAUUAAACUGUUACUUUUUACUCAAACUUUACCAUAUUUUAAAAUGAAAGGAAUUUAUCAAAAAAUUUAUCUAAUAAUAACUUAAUUCCUAAGUCUAAAAAUUUAUCUUACCCAAUGAAUUUAAUUCUUGAUAGAUAAGUGGCAUAUUGUGGAUCUACAAAUCCGAACCAAACUUAGAAUUUAAACUAAUAUUGUAGUUUAACUUAGUUUUCUCCUUAAUCUAGUAGCAUUUAUAUUAUUCAAAAUUACUCUUUAAUUACUGCUAUCAAUAACUAAUUUUUUGCUUUGCAAAAUAACUCUUUCAUUUAAACUGUAAAUAGUGACUUAACUAAUAAAUUUAAUUUUAAUUAUUCAUAUCUAAAUUUGAGUGAAUGUUUACACUCAACAUCAUAUAUUUACUCAUUAUAUACAAUUUGUUAAAAUAAUUAGUCAUAAUAUUUACUUAAUUUCUAAUUAAAUUUUGAAGGUGAUAUAGUAAAUCUAAAUAUUACAUAACUUCCCUAAACUUUUUAUUAUAUUUACAAAAUUAGAAGCAUUUUAAACUAAAUUUUUAUAUUAGGUUCUUUAGAAUUUUAACAAUAAUAAUUAUACUGGCUUAACUAAUUCAACAAUACCUUAUAAAGUAUAUCAAAUCUAAUUAAUGAUUUCUCCAUAGGAUAAAUACAACAAAGUGAAUUUAGUAAAUCACAAUAAAUAAUUAUUUUCUAUAUCACCUAUUCAGUAUCUUAUACAAUUAUGACAAUUGAUGAGUAAGGCGUAAAUUUAUUAAAUCCUGUUUAUGUUAACAUUGUUUUUUGCUAUUAAGAUUUAAGUUGUUAUUAUUAUUCAUCAUAAUUGAAUUACGUUUUAAUUUUAGAAAUAUAUUCUAAUUAUGCAAUCAUAUUUGUGAGUAAUAUUUAUUAGGGCUACGUUGUUUAGCUAAAAUUUUCAUUAUAAAAUACCAAGUCUUCUAAUGGCAUAUUUGUUGGAAGUAUUCCAAAUUAUAGCAAUUUAAAUAAUACUGGUUAUUCUUUUUAUUAAAAUGAGGUUUUGAUGUAACAAUUUACAUAAGGCAAUUAAAAUUAAUUUAUAGUGGGAGUUUACUAUUUCAAUAAUAUUAAAGAUGAAAAUUUAUCAGAACCAACUUUGAUGUAAGGUUCAUUUAAUACGACAAUGUAUGCUUAUGCAAUGAUUGUGGAAUCAAAAUAUCAAAAAGGAACUGCCUUAUACAUUUAUAAUAAUAAUUUAUCUAAUUACUCAAUAAGUACUUGGAAUGUAACCUGUCAUUUAAGAGGAAAUUAAAAUAAAGAAGUUAAUGUUUCUAUAUUUUGUUCAAACUUAUUUUCAAAUGGUACUUAUAACAUAAUAUUCAAACCUCCUUAAUAGGAAAAAUCAUCUAGAAGGUGGAUAUAUGCUCUGAUUUCGCUAAUUACCUUGCUUUUAUUGUAUUUUUACAUUAAAGUUAAAUAAAAGACAAAAAAUGAAUAAUUUAACACAUUCUAAAUUGAAUUAUGA